AUGGCGGAGCUGUUGCCGCCUACUGCGGAGGAUUUUUUGUUUUCGUGUUUCUCUGGUAGUUUGCGGAGAUUCAGACUAACAGGUUGCCAAGGGUUGCUCAGGCUUGCCCUUUUAGCCGCGCCUCAACUCAGUCAACAGACCAUUCCCGUCCUCCAGACAGACACAGACUCGUCACCCUCAAACUCCCGAGUCAAGUUCUCCCCCCUCUCUCUCAUCUCACCUGCCCACCAAAAAAUUGCCGACCCGAGACAUCGGAAGCAUCUUCAGUUUUUAGCCGUGGGGGUCACUGUCGACUUUCCCCGAUUGACCAUUUUUGUCUCAGGCCAAGAAGAUAGCCCAAGCUCCAGCCCUCCCCAGUCUCUCCUCAGCUCAGCUGCUGUGUCUCUCUCCCCACGUCCGUCUCACAAGCCCGCCGAAAACCACCAACCCACAGUCUCCACCCAGCGGCGUCCCCUCGCCCCCCUGCUGGACCCGAAGACCGGCCCCGGCCCCGGCGCUACCCUCCGCAGAGGCACCCGCAGACAGCCAGAGACACGCUGCUCGUGUCCCCGUCGUCGUCUUUUUGGACCCGGCAUUGGCCAGAUCAAAGCCUGA